CAUAAGUCAACGACUCUUGACGGAAUUAUCUGAAGAGAUCAAUUGCAAAAACAUCAGGUUGUAAGUUCCAACAUUCAAUUGUCUUUCUUACACUAGUUAGCCUUCAACACUUUCUGUUUGUCGUGUUGAUAGUGCCCCGCCUACACCGCCUACCAUUGUGCUGACUCUCUGAAUUUCUCCGCUCGAAUCCAUUCAUAAAGGAUCAGUUCUGAUACAUUGUCUAAUACAUUCUAGAGUCAAUACUUCUCCCAUUGAGUCAUCCAUCAGCCGCAAUCAUGCCCGGCUUCAAACAAGCAACCGACCUCAAUGCCUGGUCCGCUCUCCAGGAGCACCACACCACUAUCAGCAAAGAAAUUGUCCUGCGCGACUACUUCGCCAAAGACCCGGCUCGAUUCGAGAAGUUCAGCAAGACCUUCAAGAAUGCUGCCGAUGGCACUGAGAUCCUCUUCGAUUUCUCCAAGAACUUCAUCACCGACAAAACCGUGAGCCUGCUGGUGGAGCUGGCCAAGGAGGCCGGCCUGGAGCAGUUGCGCGAUGACAUGUUCAAGGGCGAGAAGAUCAAUUUCACCGAGAAGCGCGCCGUGUAUCAUGUGGCGUUGCGUAAUGUGACCAACGACCCGAUGCAGGUGGAUGGGAAGAGCGUGGUGGAGGAGGUCAACAGCGUGUUGGACCAUAUGAAGGAGUUCACCGAGCAGGUGAGGAGCGGAGAGUGGAAGGGAUAUACCGGAAAGCGAAUUAAGACCAUCAUCAAUGUUGGCAUCGGAGGUUCCGAUCUUGGCCCUGUCAUGGUCACGGAAGCUCUCAAGGCGUACGGUGACCGCAAUCUCACCCUCCACUUCGUUUCCAACAUCGACGGAACCCACAUCGCCGAAGCACUCCGCAACUCGGACCCGGAGACGACCCUCUUCCUCAUCGCGUCCAAGACGUUCACUACCGCGGAGACCGUCACCAAUGCCACGACGGCCAAGAAGUGGUUCCUCGAGACCGCCAAGGACCAGUCGCACGUCGCGAAGCACUUCGUUGCUCUGUCGACCAACGAGUCCGAAGUCACCCAGUUCGGCAUCGACAAGAAGAACAUGUUCGGCUUCAGCGACUGGGUUGGCGGUCGAUACAGCGUGUGGAGCGCCAUCGGCCUUAGCGUCUGCCUGUACAUCGGCUGGGACAACUGGCAUCAGUUCCUCGCGGGAGCCAACGCGAUGGACAAGCAUUUCAAGGAAACGCCACUCGAGGACAACAUCCCGAUCAUCGGCGGUCUGCUGAGCGUCUGGUACUCCGAUUUCUUCGGCGCGCAGACCCACCUCGUUUCACCUUUCGACCAGUAUCUCCACCGCUUCCCCGCCUACCUCCAGCAGCUCUCCAUGGAGUCGAACGGCAAAGCCAUCACACGCAGCGGCGAUUACGUCACCUACACGACCGGUCCCAUCCUCUUCGGCGAGCCAGCUACCAACGCGCAGCACUCCUUCUUCCAACUACUACACCAGGGAACCAAGAUGAUCCCCACGGACUUCAUCCUGGCGGCGAAGAGCCACAACCCGGUGGAGAACAACAAGCACCAGAAGAUGCUCGCUUCCAACUUCUUCGCCCAAUCCGAAGCCCUCAUGGUCGGCAAGAAGCCCGAAGAAGUCAAAUCCGAAGGCGCCCCCGACGAGCUGAUCCCCCACAAGACCUUCCUCGGUAACCGGCCCACGACGUCGAUCCUCGCGGAGCAGAUCACCCCGGCGACGCUGGGCGCGCUGAUCGUGUACUACGAGCACGUGACGUUCACGGAGGGAGCGAUCUGGAACAUCAACUCGUUCGACCAGUGGGGAGUGGAGCUGGGGAAGGUGCUGGCAAAGAAGAUCUUGGCGGAGCUGGAGGAGGAGGGGGAGAGUCAGGGGCAUGAUAGCAGUACGAGCGGGUUGAUUAAUGCGUAUAAGAAGAAGUCGGCUUUGUAGAGGCUGGAAGGCGAGAGCCCGCAUCGAUGGAGGGACUGGAGAAGGGAGGGCGAUUCGGUGAAUGGGAUGGGAAGAAACAAAUAGUGCAUAAAAUGACUUUAUGAGUUAGUAGUAACAAGGGGCAACUCUCGAUAAUAGAUCCGUAUCAGCCUCCUAAAGUCGUAGAUUGACCGCACUGUAGGUUACGGGAUUCCGCCAAACGAUGCUCCUCAAAUGGCUGCCAUCUAAAAUUCUUCCUGGCCUCUUUGCCACAUCACUAC